GCUUGGUGUCUAGUAUUACAUCGGCACCCUGACGCCCCCUCUGUGCGGGAACAAAUACACCAAACUGAGCAGUGGUCACGACCUGAGCCUAGAGGCGUGGCAGCUUAUCUAUGCGUCUGACCAUCUUCCUCGUUCGUUAUUGAUCUGAAGGGUGACAUCAUCGGAAGUCGAAGCGCGCGUCAGAGACUGGUAUUGUCAUCUCGAGUGUCUUUCGAAGCCGUGUUGUGUUGUUGAAGAGUGUGCUGUCAACGAGAUUUGGGGUUCGUCGAGCGAUAUCUUCGGCCAUCAGGUCGGCUGCGUCUCUCAUGGCAACCAUUGCCAGGGGUUGGUCCUCAACCGACUUACCCUUGAGUAUCUCGCUGGACUCUUUUGUGGAUCAACGUGUUGAUCGCUGGAAGUGGAUGGAGGCCAACACUCCUGACCACAUCUACCACUACAGCUUUUCGCACCCUCCUUCUUGGGAAGGAUGGUUUCGUUUGUACCAAGGUCUCGAAUGGGACCGCGUGAAUGGGAAGAGAUCGCAGACCUCCCGUAAGGUGGGAGGGUACGACCUCAGAGCCGACGAUGUGAUCGCUGCCCAUAUCGACCAACUAAACGUCAACGCCGACUUUGAUCGGAACAGAGGGAACGUGAAGUGCUCGUCAACCUCUGAUCCGCUAUCGGGAAGAGGAAUCAGCUGUCACGAAGAGAUCUCGACACCGAGAAGGGAAAAAUCAGCGGUUGAGAAGAGAAGUCAGACUCUUCACACAAUUUGAAGAAAUCCCGUAUAACACAAUUCGCAAAGAGGCCUUCACAUAGAGCCGAGCGGGAUAGGAGGCAAGGCUGAGCCCAGUCGACCGCACCUACUUCAGCACGAAGAGAAAAACACGUACAGCUCACUCUCCGGCCGGACGCUAGUCUAUUUCAAGCCUUCGCCGAGUGCGAGGAAGAGGCGUAUCACGGAACUGGCCAAGAGGGUGCCAAAGCAUAACCCACGAACAACUAUAGGACUUCAAACGGUUCAUGUAGUGUCGUUGGCAGGGCUCACCA